CUGUACGGGGGCAGAGUAUCCAAGGCCAGCCCACACACCGAGGCUUACGGCAUCACCGAUGAGGCAGUCAGCCUGAUGGGGCUGGCUCGGGCAUUGACCGAUGAUGACAAGGUGAAAAACAUCCUGCGGGAUCUGCAGCGCGAGUUGUUCACCGUGGCCGCCGAACUGGCCACUGACCCAUCCAAAUACGACCUGUUCCACCAGCACUUCACGCCGGUUACCGAGGCGAUGGUGGACAAACUGGAAGAGAUAAUCGACGAGCUGGAAACCCACUUCCAGAUGCCCCAAGUAUUUAUUCUCCCCGGUGGAACUCCGUCGUCGUCCGCCAUGGAUUCGGCCCGCACCGUCAUACGUACCGCCGAACGCAGGGUGGUAAGCCUCUCCGAGGUCGGCGGAUUGACCAACAACCUGAUCCUGGCCUAUCUGAACCGGCUGGGCGACCUGCUGUUCGUGCUGGCUCGCUACCAUGAUCGGGAUAUUCCCAUCGAACGCGCCACCGGCGAACGUGUCUGA